GCAACGUUAACGUUACACGAUGAUGGGAACUAUGCGUCAAGAUUUCGGUGCUGCCGCCAUGGCGCUGGUUCCCCGUGGAAUGGACCCUCUCUACACGGCACUGUCCCUGUUCCGGAGACGGAAGUUCGAGGACUGUGUCACAGUCUGUACUAUGCUGCUGGAGAAGAAUCCAUAUGACCAGGCUGCGUGGACCCUGAAGAUGCGUGCGCUGACGGAGCAGCUGUAUGUGGAUGAGGUGGACGUGGAUGAGGAGGGGAUCGCUGAGAUGCUGAUGGACGAUAACGCCAUCGCUGAGGUCGCACGUCCAGGAACAUCCCUGAAAAAGCCUGGAACUUCAAGUGGUGGACCAAGUCCAGGUGUCCGCCCCACAUCCCAGUCAGGCCGCCCCCUGAGUGGGUUUGUGCGGCCGGGUACCCAGGGGGGUCGUCCAGGCACCAUGGAGCAGGCUAUCCGUACCCCCCGCACGGCACACACGGCUAGACCAGUCACAUCAGCAUCGGGAAGGUUCGUCAGACUGGGAACUGCUUCCAUGUUGUCCACUCCUGAUGGUCCCUUCAUCAACCUGGCUCGGCUCAACUUCCACAAGUAUGCAGCCAGACAGAGCCUGGCCAAGCCUCUGUUUGAGUACAUCUUCCACCAUGAGAAUGAUGUCAGGAAUGCUCUUGAGCUUGCAGCACUUGCUACAGAAGAGGCCCAGUUCAAAGACUGGUGGUGGAAAGUACAGCUGGCUAAAUGCUACUACAGACUUGGUUUGUUCCGUGAUGCUGAGCGUCAACUGAAGUCUGCUCUGGUUCAGCAGGUGAUGGUAGACACCUACCUGUACCUGUGUAAGGUGUACGUACGCAUGGACCAGCCUCUCACUGCCAUCGAAGUCUUCAGCCAGGGUCUGGAGCACUUCCCUGGGGAGGUCUCUCUCCUCACCGGCAUUGCAAGGAUAUAUGAUGGCCUGAAUGACAGCACCAACGCUGUGAAGUUCUACAAGGAGGUUCUACACCAUGAUAACACCCAUGUGGAGGCCAUCGCCUGUAUAGCCACACACCACUUCUACACAGACCAGCCUGAAAUAGCUCUCAGGUUCUUCAGACGGCUGCUACAGAUGGGUGUGUACAACUCUGAGCUGUUCUGUAACAUCGGCCUGUGCUGCUUCUACGCCCAGCAGUACGACAUGACGCUGAACUGCUUCGAGAGGGCGAUAGCGCUGGCUUCUGACGAGAACAUGGCUGAUAUCUGGUACAACAUUGGCCACGUGGCUCUGGGUAUUGGAGACAUUGCCCUGGCUUACCAGUGUUUUAAGCUGGCUCUGGCCUCCAACAAUGAUCACGCUGAGUCCUACAACAACCUGGGAGUGCUGGAGUGGAAGAAGGGCAGGGUGGAACAGGCCCGAGCAUUCUUCCAGACAGCCCAGAUGCUGGCCCCCAUCAUGUUUGAACCUCACUACAACUUUGCUGCUCUGUCAGAAAAGAUGGGAGAUCUCCAGAGUAGCUACAUUGCUGCCAGGAAGUCGGUGGAGUCCUUCCCGGAACACAUGGACUCCAACAGCCUCCUCAAACAGCUCAAGGACCACUUCGCCAUGUUGUGAUGAGGAGAGAACUGUUACCAUA